UAUCACUGAAGAGUUCAUAAACAGAAAUCAUGGGGCUGACAGGCAUAAUCAGUCACAUCGCAAGGUUGUCUGUUUUAUUAGUGCUCGCAAUUUAUUUUUACAUUUUAGAGAUCAUCAAGGUCUUGUCUCCUCCCAAGAAGAAGGAUGUCCGUAACGAGAUCGUGCUAAUCACGGGGGCGGGUCACGGUAUAGGACGGGAGAUCGCCCUGGAGUUCGGGAGACGGGGGGCACGGGUGGUGAUAUGGGACAUCAACAAGGUAACAAAUGAUGCCACUGCUGAGGAAAUCAAGCGGAACGGCGGGACUGCUUACAGUUACGUAUGUGAUCUGACGAAGACGGACGAGAUCCGCUCAGUUGCCGACAAAGUCCGGAGAGAGAUCGGAGAUCCCUACAUCCUGGUCAACAACGCUGGCAUACUGACCGGGGGAGAGCUCCUCAAAGUCAAAGAGGCGCACAUCCGACGCACGUUUGAAAUCAACACCCUCUCCCACUUUUGGACUUGUCAGGAGUUCAUGCCUGCCAUGAUGGAAGACAACAGAGGGCACAUUGUGACAAUGGCGUCCAUGUCUGCUAAGUCGGGCACGGCAUUCCUGGUGGAUUACAGUUCUUCCAAGUACGCUGCCUUUGGAUUCACCGAAGCGCUAAAUGAAGAACUGAGAACUCUGGGAAAAGAUGGCAUCCACACUACCACAGUUUGUCCAAUGUUUGUAGACACGGGUCUUGUGAAACAGCCAAAAGACAAAGUAGGGAAUAUACUUAAACCAAAAGAAGUUGCCUUAGCAACGGUAGAGGGGACGCUAACCAACGAAGAAAUAGUCUAUGUACCGAGAAGAAUGAAAUUCCAGAUGGCAAUAUCGGCUUUCUUUCCCCACGACAUGGUCAAGUACACUAAGAAGCUGUCUGGGGCCGGGAUCGAGCCUCAGUACGACCCCUCCACCUAUAAGACGGACUAAAUGGCCCUCCAUCAGGCGGUCAAGGAACCGAACAUGUUAUUAUUGGUCCAGUGGAAGGGACCGGGUGAACUCUCUUGGUGCUCAAUCUUUUUCUUUAAAGUAGAAAUUUAGUCUGUGAUAAUAAAUGUCGUAACACACA